CGCGGGAGUAAACACGGUCCGGUGAGCUGGAGCGGACAGUGCUACGCGUAGGAGCAAACAUGACCGUCAGAGUACUGAACUCGGAGAAACAAGACCUGGGCGAAGGCCCGCAUUGGCUAUCGGGCCGGAACACACUUCUUAUCGUCGACAUCGAGCAGAAGGCGGUCAAAAUGAUCGAUUUCGUGACCGGGGACAUCGUCGAGAGACAUACUUUCGACGAUCUGGUCGGAGUGGCGAUUCCAUAUGCAUCGAAUGCUAAUCUGCUCGUUGUUGGUGUGGGAAACCGUCUCGUCAAGUACGACACCGAGACCAAGAAAGUACUCGAAGUUUUGUGUGACGUAACAGAACAUGAGAAAGGCUUGGCAACCAGGAUCAACGACGCAAAGUGCGACCCGUACGGUCGGAUUAUCUUCGGUACGAUGCCGAAGGCUUUAACCGAUACACUCCCCGCGAGCAAGGGGAAAUUGUUCAGCUACUCGAAGGGCGAGCUGAAAGUUCUCAUCGAGGACGUCGAUCUCUCGAAUGGACUGGCCUGGUCCAGAGACAACAAGACAAUGUUCUACGUGGACUCUAAUCCUUCGAAGAAAAUGUUUGCAUUCGACUACGACGACACGGGAGCACUAUCGAACCAGCGCGUGCUAGUCGACUUCAACAUGGAACCUUUCAAUAAAUUCGGUUUCCCCGACGGCAUCACGAUCGACGUGCAGGAUAAUAUCUGGCUCGCGGUAUUCGGCGGGAGCUGCAUCUUGAAAAUCGACUCGCGGACAGGUAAACUCCUGACUAAAGUUAAUCUACCUUCGAUGAAUGUGACGUCCGCCUGCUUCGGAGGACCCGAUCUCAGCACAUUGCUGGUGACCUCAGCCGGUGUUCACAAUGUUCCCACAGACCUCCACGAGGAGCUCGGCGGACGUACAUUCGCAGUAUCUGAUCUCGGUACGAAGGGUCGUCAGCCCGUGGAAUUUGCGGGAUGAAUCUGUGAGAGGAGGAGUACUUGUGUAACCCCGCUGAAUCAUGGCCAAACUGAUCGAUACAUUUUCCAUCUGCGCAUGAAGUUUUGAUAUCACACACCAAAUAAAGGCUU